AUCCACCUAUCUAUCCAAUCCGUCCUUCAACCGAACCGUCCUGCGCUUCUAGCGCCUCGCCCAGCUUCCAUCUCCAUUUAGCCGCAGAAGCGAAAAACUCACCCCGCCCCCCUCCGAACUAGAUGUCGCGGAAGACGCUGCGCAUCCUCUGCUUCGGCAACUCGCUGACGGCCGGGUUUCCGGCGGGGAAGCCGUACGCGGAGAGGCUGAAGGAGAAGCUCGAGGAUGCGUUCCUGGGCCACGGAUACGGGGAGAUCCUGUACGAGGUUGAUGGCGUGCCGGGAGAUUUGGUGACCAGGGGCUCGUAUCUUGGUCGCAUGGAAGAUGCUUGGAAAGAGGCAAAUCGUCAUCGCGAACCGUAUGACUGGACUAUCGUGCUAGGUGGGACAAAUGACCUCGGCUGGGGAUGUUCAGCAGAAGACCUUAUUGCUGGUUUGAAGAGAGCUUGGGACAUUCCACUGUCCCAAGGCGGCAAAGUACUUGCGUUAACGAUAACCGAUACGAGAAGUAGAUAUAAGGAUAUUAAGGAGCGUAGGGAUGAGGUGAACAAGGCUAUCAAGGAGUAUAAGAGACACAAUUUCUUUUACUUCGACUUAUACACCGCAAUACCAUACCACGAUAUGGCACCUGAGGACAGACCUAAGUAUUGGGAAAUGGACGGCGUACACCUUUCCGGCGACGGCUACAACCUCAUGGGGGAGAAGAUCGCAGAACAGCUAAUUAGGGUGAUCAGGCUGGCGGAAGCUCAAGAAGACGACAUUAAGAGCAUCGCCGCGGAUCCGAAACAGAGAAAAGCUAUCGAGGAGAUGAUAUACGAGGAGGAGAGGGGGAACCCGAAAUUACUUAGCCAGGGGUAUAUCGUUGUCCGUAAGAGUGACCUCGAUUAGAAUAGACUACUAGAUCGGAUUAAUAAGACGAAGAUUACUACCAUA